GGUGCGGCGAACAUCAGCUUCACGUUCAUUGCACUCCGAGUCCAUCUUGAAGCGGGAGGGAACUUGAACUGGUAAUUCGCCUGCCAGUCCGCAGACACAUUAUCUCCCGCGUCAAGAGCUCGCGUUGUAUUUUCUGAUAACUUUACCGGAACUGGUUUCUUUUGCGAACCGAUUACUGUCCUUCAAGACCGCCGAGAAUUGUAGCAGACGAGAAACAUGGAGGGUCUAUUGUUCAACGUCAACGGCGGUUAUCUGGAGGGCAUAGUGCGCGGUUAUCGAAAUUCCUUGUUGACGAGCACCAAUUACAGCAAUCUCACGCAAUGCGAGUCGAUUGACGACGUCAAGGUGCAACUUGGCCCUGCCUAUGGCGAAUCUCUUUCCACUCUACCACCGAACCCCUCCACUUCCGCCCUAGCAUUCAGGACUACUGAGAAGCUUGUUGCCGAUUUCAGAUAUUUGCAGGGCCAGGCGACGGGAUCACUCGCCAAGUUCAUGGAGUACCUGACAUACUCAUACAUGAUCGACAAUGUGGCUCUUCUGAUUACCGGAACGUUGCAUGAACGAGAUACUAAAGAGCUAUUGGAACGAUGUCAUCCUUUGGGCUGGUUUGAGACGAUGCCGGUGCUUUGCGUGGCAACCAACAUUGAGGAGCUGUACAACUCAGUGCUCAUCGAAACCCCCCUAGCCCCAUACUUCAAGGGCAGCCUCAGCCACCAGGACCUCGACGAGCUCAACAUUGAGAUUGUGCGGAACACCCUUUACAAGAACUAUUUGGAAGAUUUCUACCACUUUGUCAACAAUGACCCUGAAAUGGCUUUAACUCCCACCGGAGAAAUCAUGUCAGAAAUACUAGAAUUCGAAGCCGACCGACGAGCCAUUAACAUCACCAUCAACUCAUUUGGCACAGAACUCACCAAGGAGCAACGUAGGAAGUUGUACCCGGAGUUCGGCAAGUUGUACCCUGAGGGCAUGUUGAUGCUCUCAAGGGCAGAUGAUAUGGAAAGUGUUGGACUGGCGGUCAGUGGCGUUGGAGAUUACAAACGGUUCUUCGAUGAGGUCGGCUUCAACCAAAGCAGCGGGGUUGGCGGCGGCAACAUGACGGGAGGAAUGGGCACCGAGUCGAAAUCUUUGGAAGAUUUGUUCUAUCAAAAAGAGAUGGAACUCUCCAAGAUGGUUUUCACGCGGCAGUUCACACACGCUGUGAUAUAUGCCUGGGUGAAGCUGAGAGAGCAGGAAAUCCGAAACAUCACAUGGAUUGCCGAGUGCAUAGCACAGAACCAGAAGGAGAGAAUCGGAAACUACAUCAGUGUGUUCUAAUAAUGAAAGAGGGCGUGGUAAUCACGUGGACAGCACGGCGUUCGGCAUGGGGAGGCGGUUUUCGCGGCGUGUACCAACUUUGGCAUGGGCUUGAUAGAAAAGGCUAAUGGACAGCAUUUCCAACUCAUUCUGGGGUUUACUUUAACGAUGGUAGCCCAAACAGCAUUUGACCAGCACUUUCCCUCCCAGUACAGUGCGCAUCUAGCUUAUGUUCGACGGAUGUCACUUUCCAGUUGGUGCUGUGCUGGUUUCUGCAUUCGGAAAGACUCACACAGGUCCUCCUCUAGGUCCUCUCUCAGGUCCUCGUCUGCAUGCAUCAUAGCCCUCGUGGCUUAUGUAUCCCAGCAGCUUUAUCGACGAGCGACCUAUUUGCUUGAUGUUGCAUAUCUUCAGUCUCUCAUUCUUGCAUUCUAGUAUUCUCG